GCAGAUGUUAUGAGAAACCCCUGCCUUGAGCUAGCAUCGGAUAAAUAUUGAGAAUGAUAACGAAGUGGAGGGACCAUUACACCCUGAAAGGCGUUGGUUUACUGUACAUUAGUAUUUAGUUCAAAUGUUAUUAGUGAACUUGUAAAAUAUGGACAAAAGUGAGGAGAAGAUGCGAAAACCCAUCCGGCUAAUCGCGGCUGCAUGCAGAAAUAUGGGCAUAGGAAAGAACGGGCAGCUUCCAUGGAGUCUCCCGAAAGAAUUUCAGUUCUUUCUGGAUACAGUUACAGCUGUAUCAACACCUGAUAGGAAGAACCUGGUUAUCUGGGGACGAGGCUCUUGGUUCUCCUGUCCUGCUGGGGUCCUUCCUUUUGCCAAUUGUCUCAAUGUGGUAUUGAGCAGAACACUAUCUGCAGUGCCAACACAUGCCCACUAUCUGUGUAAAGAUUUUGGGUCAGUAAUUCGCCUCGUCUCUGAACCUCCUCUGUGUCACAUUGUGGAGACCAUCUGGGUUUUAGGAGGUCCAGCAGUGUAUAAGGAAAGUCUUGAGCAUCCGUGGUGCGAUUUCAUUUAUCUCACUGACAUCAUGGCCGACUUUGACUGUGACGUCUUUUUCCCAAAGUUUGACCGCAACGUUUUUAGGAAACAAAAGGGUUUUCCUGGAGUACCAGAUGAAAUUCAUGAAGAAAAGGGCAUCAGAUUUCAAUUUCAAGUCUUCAAGAAGGAAGCCUUAUAAGACUUAAGCAGUAACAAAAUGGUUAACAAUUUAUCAAACAUGACUGAUGAAAUAGAUGUUUACACAAUCUAGGUUUUUAUCAGUUUUAAUGCAGUCGACAUUAUCUCUCCGUAACCUAGCAAUAUUGCACAGAGAACACUUAAGACACUUAACUAACAGAUGAACACCACUUCACUCACAAUGACAUAUGCAAGUGUUUCUGACCACUCACCAGAUUCACUUUUACUCAUAUCACCAUGGUGACCACUCAAACCAGAUCAGGGGGAUGGGACACCGUCGGUCACAAAUUAAUUGCCUAUACAUACCAUCUGCUCAGGAAUGAACUGAAGUCAGUAUUUUUAUUUAUACCAAACAUUCUACAAUGCAAUGACACAUUUGUAGGUCUUGGUGAUGUGUAUGUAUUUCCUUUCAUUUCUUCAUUCUGUUCAUGCUGGACACUACUGUGUUUUUUUGUGAAAUGUGGUGCUAAAUUAAAGUUCAAUUCUACUCCA